AUGCGUGGUGCGAGAUGGUGUGUUCUCUGACCAGCGGCAAGGCCUGCGCCGACACCGGAGACCCGUGCCCGGAUCCGCCAUCGCGCUCCACGCCGGAGGGCGGCGGACUCGAGAUCGCCGAGAACAUGUCAUCGUCGCUCAGCGACGCGCACCGACGCAACAACAACCACCAUCUGGACCAGGGCGACCGCAGCUCAUCCGCGGGUUCCUCGCUGGGCUCGUGCUCGCCACCGCCCGCCUCGAGCCAUUCGCCGCCACCCCCGCGGCCGCCCUGGCUUCACGACUUCCACGCGGCGGCCGCGCCCCAUGUUUUGCAGUUUCUCAAUCUAAGCGCCGCCGGGGGUGGCAUGCUCGGUAGCCAACCGCUGGCAGCGCUGCACUCUAUGGCGGAGAGGAGUCACCAGCAUCAACAGCAACAGCAGCAACAGCAGCAGCAGCACCAACAACAGCAGCAGCAACAGCAGCAGCAACAACAACAGUCGCACCAACAGCAACAUCAUCCGCCGCAUCAGCAGCAACAGGGCGGCAUCCAGUUGCCGCGUAUCACGAUGCCGCCGUUAUCCACCAUCACGCAGGGCCAAUCGUCGCCCACCGGCAGCGGCAAGCACAGCCCGGCGACCUCCAUCACCUCCGUUGGCAGCAAUCCGCACGGCAUCGACACGAUACUCUCGAGACCGACGGCGACGGUCCAUCCCCAGGCGACGGUACCGCCGUCGCACGCGACCCUGCCACCGACCCCGCAUCCCCAGCACAUGGCCGCACCGCGGUACGCCAUGCACGCCGGCUUCACGGCGUCUUCGGGUAUUGGUCAAUUUCAACAAAGAGCGGAACCACGGCACACUGCUGUCUACUGGCCGGGCCUUCAGGGACUAGUCAGCGAUCCUCUCGCAUGGCGGGCAAGAUUACACACAUGUAAGUCCAAUAUCUCUCAC